GUCGUCCAAUAGGCUGUGAGGAGGGCGGGAUCGGGUCAGAUAAGGGUUGUUGGCUCGCUCAAUGCGCUUCCUUCCACGUUGUGAUCGGCUAAUAAUUAUUAACAAGUUAUUAUCGGUAAUUAUUGAAACAGACGGGUCGUGUUUCUGUCUUUUUUUAAAUUGGUUGAAGUGUCCUAAUGGAUGCUGCCUGAGGCGAUCUGGAGACUGAAGUGUUCGGAUCGUGAUUCAGUCGUCAUGAGUCAGCGCACCAUCCAUCUCUUCCGUAAGGGCCUGCGGCUGCAUGAUAACCCCACCCUGCUGGGGGCGCUGGCGUGCUCCGCCGCGCUCUUCCCCGUCUAUGUCCUGGACCGCACGUUCCUGGAGGGGGCGAUGGGCUUGGGCCCGUUACGCUGGCGCUUCAUCCUGCAGAGUCUGGAGGAUCUAGACACCCGUCUGCGGGCGCUGGGCUCGCGGCUCUACGUCCUGCGCGGGUCGACGGCGGCCGUGCUGCAUGACCUCGUGACCCGGUGGGGCGUCACACAGAUCAGCUACGACACGGAGGUGGAGCCGUAUUAUGCGUGCAUGGAGCGGGAAAUACAAGCGCUGGCACAGGAGCGCGGACUCCAGACGUACACGCAUGUGUCGCACACGCUCUACGACGUCAAGAGGAUCGUGAAGGCCAACGGCGGCUCUCCUCCGCUCACGUACAAGCCUGCUCCGCAGGUUUUGGUCGUUGUUUUGGGUGAACCGGAGGAACCGGUGCGGGACGUCAGUGCUGAGGACUUCCUGAGAUGCUCGCCCCCUGCGGAGCCGCUUCACGAGCAGACGUACAGAGUCCCGUCUCCAGCUGAUCUGGGUCUGGAGCUUGACUCUGAGGUCUUGUGGCCCGGCGGAGAGACACACGCGCUCCAGAGACUCCACAAACACUUCCAGAGUCAGGGAUGGGUGGCGAACUUCUCCAAAGCGCGGACGGUUCCGAACUCUCUGCUGCCCAGCACCACGGGCCUCAGUCCGUACCUGAGUCUGGGCUGCCUGUCAGUCCGCACCUUCUACCACCACCGCCGCCUCCGCAGCGUCUGCGCGCAGUCGAAGAACCACUCGCUGCCGCCCGUGUCUCUCCCAGGUCAGGUUCUGUGGCGCGAGUUCUUCUACACCGUCGCGUCGGCCACGCCGAACUUCACCAAGAUGCAGGGGAACCCUAUUUGUCUGCAGAUCGACUGGUAUCACGAUCCAGAGGCUCUGGAGAAAUGGAGAACCGCUCAGACGGGCUUCCCGUGGAUCGACGCCAUCAUGACCCAGCUGCGUCAGGAGGGCUGGAUCCAUCACCUGGCGCGGCACGCCGUGGCCUGCUUCCUGACGCGAGGAGAUCUCUGGAUCAGCUGGGAGGAGGGCAUGAAGGUGUUCGAGGAGCUCCUGUUGGACGCGGACUAUAGCGUGAACGCCGGGAACUGGAUGUGGUUAUCCGCUAGCGCGUUCUUCCACAAAUACACCAGGAUCUUCUGCCCCGUGCGCUUCGGUCGUCGGACUGACCCUCAAGGACAGUAUGAAUACCUGCCCGUUCUGAAGAACUUCCCCUCGCAGUAUAUUUACGAGCCGUGGAAAGCGCCAGAAGACGUCCAGCUCAGCGCCGGCUGCAUCAUCGGUAAGGACUAUCCCCGUCCCAUGGUGUGCCACACAGAGGCCAGUCAGAGGAACCUGGGUUUGAUGCGUCAGGUGCGCACCGAGCAGCAGAACACGGCCGAACUCACACGAGAUGUGGCGGAUGACCCGAUGGAGGCGGGGCUUAAGCGUGAGCUACAGGAAGAUGGAAGGAGCUUCUGGAGGGGGCGGAGCAACACGGCACGUCCAAAACGUUUCAGCGGUGACGCGGAUCAUAAGUCCCGCCCCUGGACGCCAGAGACUCUGCAGUUGAGCGGAGAGGUCAUGUGACUUUAGAACUGCCCAAUCAGACCACCGUAUUACUUCAUUGACAUCAACAUGCGAAUCAUGUUAUUCUGAACAGAAGACGGCAUUUGAACUCUGUUGGUGUGUUUUUUCUGUUUCAUGAGAGAUUUCUCUACAUUCAACAGAGUUUGUGAAGAAGAAAACGAGGUUGAAUUUUAU